AUGAAGGACUUACGGAAGUCGAACGGCUCACCCAUCGUUAUAAAAGCAGACGAUCCUCCGAUCAGUCAAUCACAGUUCACCGGCAGCUUUUCGCGAUCGCUACAAACCGCCGAACUUCUUUCAACCAACAACAUGAAGGCCUUUAUCGCAUUCGCCGUCCUGGCUUUGGCCACCGCAUCCAACGGAUCGUACCUUCCGGCCGUUCAAUCGGUUCUCCCGUACUCCUACAACUCCGGAGUCUACGGCCUGAAUGCGUACGACGGAUAUGGUCACUAUUCUUCCCUGGGUGGCUUGGGAUACUCUUCGCUGCUGGACCACGGACUGUCGUAUCCUUACUCUACGGCUCUGCCAUACGCCGCUGGUCUGCCGUACAACCAAGGACUACACGGAUACUACGGAUCGAAAUACGCUCCGACCGUUGUCCAGGCCAACGUCAACACCCUGAAGACGGUUGACCAUCUAGGAGUGUAUGGAGGAUAUGCCGCUGGUCUGCGAUAUUCCGGCUACAACCAAGGCCUACACGGAUACUACGGAUCGAAAUACGCUCCGACCGUUGUCCAGGCUAACGUCAACACCCUGAAGACGGUUGACCAUCUGGGAGUGUAUGGCGGAUACGGUCUUGGAAACGGAUACGGUCUGGGACACGGAUACGGAUACGGAUACGGAUACAACAACUACUUGCCGGUGGCCCACGCUGCCAAAUACGUUGCUGCCAAUCCGGGAGCCGUACAUGUGGCUCCUCUGCCGGGACACCUCGUCAACCAGAAGUCGAUUGUGGCUUGA